ACUUUGGUGGCGGCGGCCGUCGGGGUGGUGAUGCUGCUGCUGCUGGUGGUGCUGAUCCCGGUGCUGGUCAGCUCGGUGGGCCUGGACGGCCACUACGAGAUGCUGGGCACCUGCCGCAUGGUCUGCGAGCCCUACAGCGCGGCCUCCCCCACCAGCGCCAGCAUCCGAGCCAGCGGGCCGCCCCCGCCGCCCUCCACGCUGCUCCAGGGCCCCCAGGGCAAGCCGGGCCGGCCGGGCAAGCCGGGCCCGCCGGGGGAGCCGGGCCCGCCGGGUCCCGUCGGGCCGCCAGGCGAAAAGGGCGAGCCGGGCAAGGCCGGCCCCCCGGGGCUGCCCGGGCCAGCCCUGGCCAGCGGCGCCAUCAGCACUGCCACCUAUACCACGGUGCCCCGCGUGGCCUUCUACGCCGGUCUCAAGAACCCGCACGAGGGCUACGAGGUGCUCAAGUUCGACGACGUGGUCACCAACCUGGGCAACAACUACGAGGCGGCCACCGGCAAGUUCACCUGCAACAUCCCCGGCACCUACUUCUUCACCUACCACGUCCUGAUGCGCGGCGGCGACGGCACCUCCAUGUGGGCCGACCUCUGCAAGAACGGGCAGGUCAGGGCCAGCGCCAUUGCUCAAGACGCAGAUCAGAACUACGACUAUGCCAGCAACAGCGUCAUCCUACACCUGGAUGCUGGUGACGAGGUGUUCAUCAAGCUGGAUGGAGGCAAAGCCCAUGGGGGCAACAAUAACAAAUACAGCACCUUUUCAGGCUUCAUCAUCUACUCGGACUGAGGGCUGCCAGACCUCCAGCCCCCCUGGAUUUCUAACAAGGCGAAGACAGCAGAGGAGUCCUCUCGGCGCCCCUCCUCCCCUCUGCAAUAUCUUCGUUCAGGGCUGGGCUGUCCCACCGGGGCCGGAGAUGUGGUUAUUGGGUACCUGUCGCCCUUACCCCAAAGGGCCACCACCGUGGAUGAACAAUGGAUGAUUCAAGAUAAUCACCAUUCCCAUUUCUUUUGUCCCCAGGCAUCUCCCAGAACAUUCACUGGCCAUGAAGCAUUUCAAGGGGACAAUUAUUUAUGGGAAGAGGGCAAAAGGAUGCCAAGGCCUUGCUAAAAGGACUGGGGGAGGAAUCUCAAGAACUGGUCAUUUCACUGUCCUGUAGAACCCACUGUCAUCUCUGUCCCAUGGACUCGUUGACUCUUGAAGGGAAACUGGAGGGAGACAUGUUAAUGGGAGUUCCCUAAAUCAGCACAACAAAAUGCAAAAAUGUCAGAUUUGGCGUUCAGGGCAGAUCUACCUCACAGGGUUGUUGUGAGGAUAAAAUGAGAAGGGGAGAGUGUUGUAAGCCACUUUGGG